CACCUUGAAUAGCAUAAAAUUAUGAACUGCGUGAAUCUACUAGCAGCAGAGUGGUUAAGGAACAGUACAACCAUCAGAUGCAGUACCAGGUCGGGAGGCAGUUAAAUGACUGAUAGAAGUAUACUGUGCAUGCGCAAGGCGUAUACAUAUACGUACUUAAACACACAUAGAAAUUAGUGGGGAAGCAGGUCUCCAUUCAACUAGUAAGUAUUUCUUGCUGUCCAAGAAACCUUAAUGUGUCACUAUGAGGAGUGGUUCAGAAGGAAAAACUAAUUUGGACUUUGAAUUUAGUAAGCAUUUGUACUUUUUUUUUUUUUUUAAACACUAGCACUGCUUUUUAUGGGGAAAGAUUAGAUCGAAAGAACGGCAGUAUCCCAACAGGAGCCUGACUGGAAAGGUGUUAUGACGCAUGACGAGGGGGCUGGGAGUGGAGCUCAGCUCGCAGAGUGCUGGCGUAGCAUUGUGCGGAAGCCCUGGGUUCGAGUCUCCGCACCACAUAAAACUGGAUUCGGGAGGUACAGGUAGGAGGAUCAGAAGUUCAAGGAUAUCCUCGGCUACUCGGCGAGUCUGGGGCCACCCUGGGCUACUUGAGAACCUGCUGGGAAAAGCCAAAGGCACAGGGACGGAGCAAUCCGCGCAAGUCUGCAGUACGGAUGGCGGUGGCAGCGCCCCGGGAAGCGCAGGUGUGGGCAAGAGCAGCUUGCUGUUACGAUUUGCAGACAACACCUUCUCAGGCAGCUACAUCACCACAAUCGGAGUGGAUUUCAAGAUCCGGACUGUGGAGAUCAAUGGGGAGAAGGUGAAGCUGCAGAUCUGGGACACAGCGGGGCAAGAGCGCUUUCGUACCAUCACCUCCACGUACUAUCGGGGGACCCAUGGGGUCAUUGUGGUUUACGACGUCACUAGUGCCGAGUCCUUUGUUAAUGUCAAACGAUGGCUUCAUGAAAUCAACCAGAACUGUGACGAUGUGUGCCGAAUAUUAGUGGGUAAUAAGAAUGACGAUCCUGAGCGGAAGGUGGUAGAGACAGAAGACGCCUACAAAUUUGCUGGGCAGAUGGGGAUCCAGCUCUUUGAGACCAGUGCCAAGGAGAAUGUCAACGUGGAAGAGAUGUUCAACUGCAUCACAGAGCUGGUUCUACGAGCAAAGAAAGACAACUUGGCCAAACAGCAGCAGCAGCAACAGAACGAUGUGGUGAAGCUCACGAAAAACAGUAAACGAAAGAAACGCUGCUGCUAAUGUCCCCGUCCACCGCAGAGACUGCACUGCACCCUCCCCAGCCCGAGGCCUCGAGGCUCCUCGGGGGACAGUCUCAGUUUAGUGCCGUUAUUUAAAGAAUUCUCUCCACGUUUUUGUACCGGGAGGCGCCAUCGGCACUUCCUCCCCUUUCCCCUUGAGUGCCAAGAAGGUGUUGGACGAGCCUGCCCUUCCCCACUGGUGCCCAUCUCCCUGCUGAGGCGCCUGGACCUGUCGAGGACGCUGCCAGCUGAGCGGACUGAUUAACCAGUUUGUACAUAGUGUAUAUUGCAUUAACCAGCUGCACACCCUCAGCCUGCUCUGGCUUUUGCCUCCUUCCUGCCAACCUGCUGCAACAGACCCUCCCAAGCCCUCCUGUCCCAUCUCGACGGCAGCUUCCCGAGGAGCCAGCCUCAUGUCCUAGCUGAGUCUUUGGCCAACCUGGGCCCAUGGAGUGCACUCUACAUGGCUCCUGUCCUACAGCUGCUCUGGGAGCUGGGGAACCUGGCCUCCACACAGGCCCUGCCCUCGGCUGGCCCUAGGCCUUCAGUUCCACAGAGGAAGUCAGUCUUGCCCAUUUGGCCAACAGGUUUCUCAUUCUGCCUUCUAGAUGCCUCUGCUACAAACCAGGGGAGCUGUGGCUUCUCACUUACCCAACAUGUUUCAGUUCCAGCAGAAAGGUAGGGGUACCUGUGUUCAGAGAUGGAGCUUGUAAGGGGGAGCCUUAUUUUAACAGAUAGAGCCAAAUGAAGCCAAAUCAAGCAAAUUAAGUUCCUCAGUUAUUUCCGUGAGACAACUUGAUUGGCUCACUAGCAAAAGUUGUGACUGUCCCACUUUGGGUUCAGUACUUUUAGAAAAGGUGUAUGGCUUCUGUUCACUGUGGGGUUAAGCUCUUUCCCUUUCAUGGGAAGAGAGGAGCUUUGCACCCUUGCUCCCGUGUGUGCAAGGGCCUCCCAGGGGAGCCAGUUUGUAAUGUAGCACCAGGCACCUUGACACAUGCAGGGGGUGCUGGAUAUGGGAGGAUACCUCCAAGCGGGGACAGGCACCUUUGCGUUACUGACAGACCUGUUUUAGUAUGAAGGCGGUAGGAAGGUUUCUUGGCCACUGGGAAGAAGUGGCAGUGGGGUGGGGGCAGCCAGUAUUGACACCCCCCGCCCCCAGUCCCCUGAAGUAAAAAUCAGGGUAGUCUCCAUUUGAUUACUUCCCCCUUCCCCCAGGACACUUGGUUCCCUCUCCCCUAAAGGAUCACGUAACUGGGAAGAACUGAUUUGGACACCAUGAUGUGUUUUAGAUUUCCUUUCCUAGGCGAUUUCCAGGCAGUCCUGACCGGACAAUCAUCACAGAUUACUGCAGAUUUUCCAUGUUAACACUGUGGACGGGUUUUUAAUCAAUAAAACUGGGGCUUUCUUCUCA